GUUUGACUAUAAUGGUGAAACAUGACAUGUCCGAUCAUAUUUAUGACAACACCAAAUGGAUGAACAAGAAGUCUUGUGGAAAAAAGAAAUCUAGUGGAGAGAAGAAAUGUAGCCAUAUCUGUGUGGUGGUUCUUGCUGUUUUUUUCUUCCUGUCUCUGCUGGUAAAUGGGAUGCUGGCAUAUUUCUAUUUUACAAAAGACAAAAGUACGCAUUGUGAGCCAGUAACAAACUGUUCAAAUUCAGACCAUGAACAAGGUGGUCCAGUUUGCACACACGAGAAGGACUGGAGGUCAAUACAUUUCUGCCCAGAUUUGCCAGAGCAGUGGUUCAAAGGCAACGGCAGUUUCUACGUUUUCUCCAGCCACAACAGGAACUGGAGCUCCAGCCAAAACCACUGUCAGGGUCUGGAUGGAGAUCUGGUUAUUAUCAGCAACAAAGAGGAGGAGGAAUUUCUUGCUGGGAUGCUGUGUGCUAUUGGUGAAUCUGAUCUCUACUGGUCCGGGAACCGAACAGAUCUGGACCACAAACAACACAACUGUGCUGCAUUAAAAGGAAAUACACAAGAGGACGUUUCUUGUUUGAGAGAAGAGAAGAGCAUUUGUGAGAUCCCUUGCCGUAAAUAGACCUCAGUACACUUAAUAAAAAAACUAAAACAGGUUUGAGGAAUUUAUCUAACUAAAUGGAAAGAUCUCUUCU